AUGGGAGCUGCGAGGGGAGGCCGGCAUUGGUGCGCCCUCCCCUUCGCCGCGCACGCGCUGUUCCGCGGGGCGGCGACCAAGCGCAGCGUGCCCGCGCUGCUGCUCGUGGUUGCGCUGGUGGUGGUGCUGGCGAUCAUGGUGCAGUGGCGCGCGCUGCUACUACAGCCCACUGUCAUCUCCGGCAUGUCCGCGUCCUCGUCUUCCCGGUGGCUCCCCUCUGUCCCCCACCUCUCCCCUCUCUUCCCCACUCACCUCCCCCAUCACCCCCCCUUCUCCUCCCCCACGUCCGCGGAGCUGUACGAGGCAUGGGCGCAGCUCUUCGCGCUCGACUCGCCCCUCCCCCCGUCCACCAUCACCAUGCGCGCAUCGCUCCCCCCCCCGCCCCACCUGGAGGACUGCGCCGCGCGCACUGCCUUCCGCCUCGCCACCGAGCGCACAGGGGGGGGAGGGACGGGCGCGGAAGGGGGAAAGGGGGAGGAGGAGGUGGAGGGGGAAGCACCGGAGUGGGCGCGGGCGACUGCUGCGUGUGGCAAUGUGCCGCAGCCCCCAUGGGUGCGAGGAGCAGACGCGGCGAAUCUGGGGAGCACGCGGGAGGUGCAUAGGGACCUGUGGGCGCACCAGUUCCCCCCCGGCCCAUGUGAGGGCCGCCGCCUGCUGCUCGUGCACUGGCCGCACCCAGACCUCCCACUCCGGGAUGCUCACGGCGCCGGCGGUGGGAGCGGUGUUGGGAGGAGGGCAUGGAGUGCGUCGGAGGUGGCAGAGCAGGUGGCGGCGAUGGCAGGGGCGCUGAGUGUGGCGGUGAGCAGCCAACGCGUGCUGGUGCCCAUGCCAGGCUCCUUCCUCCCCGCCAACCACCCCCACUGCCACGCGGUGAACGAGUCGGGGUCGUUGCACUGCUACUUCUUCCGCUCCGUGUCGCCUGCCUGUGAGGCAGCAGCCAUGCAGCAGUACCGCGCUGCCGCCUCGCCCCCCUGCCGCCCGCUCUCCCACCUCGCUGAUGCCGUUGCCUCCAACGACUCCCUCGUCUGUGCCCACGCCACCCUCCACCCCUCCUCUCGCCCCCACUCCGCUGCUGCCAGGGCAUGGGGGGAUGCAUACAAGCAGCGGCCUUACCUGGUGGAGGAGAGGGGCGUCAUGGUCAACGCCACUGAGGAGCACAUGCAGGCCUACUGGUGGCAGGCCCAAGCCCUGCGCUUCCUGCUGCGCUGGCCCUCCGCGCUGCUGUGCCACGCCACCAACCGCAUGCGCCACUCCGCGUACGGGCUGCAAACCGCAGUGCUCGCAGCAGCGCAAGUGGCGGAGCAGCAGGCCAUCCUGGCGGCGCUGUGGUCGCCAUUCUCGGACGCGCACCAGCACCUGGGCAUCGACAUCCGAUCCGAGGCCAAGCUGCUGUCUGCACUUGACUUCUCCAAGCCCCGCAACUUGGAAACGGACGUGUGGCCUGUGCUGGGGUACUCUGCCUGUGCUCGUAGCGCUGCCGUGGAGCUGGGGGGUGGCGUGAGAGGGGAGAGUGAGGGGAGUGAGGGGAGUGAGGGGAGUGAGGGGAGUGAGGGGAGUGAUGGCGGUGGAGGUGGAGGGGUGCGUGGGAAAGGCGAUGCAGGAGGUGAGUCUGGUGAGGAGGAGGAUGUGCCCGAGGAGAAGCCGCGGGCGCUGGUGACGUACGAGAGGGUGGGCAGGGAGGUGGGCAUGCCACGGCCGGUGGUGAGCAUGCAUGUGGAGCAGCAGGUGGGCGACCAGGCGGAUGCGCUGCUGCCGCUGCUCUCGCUGGCCUACCGCCUGCGCCACCUCGACCCCGCGCUCACAUUCGCCUGGCUCUCCACCGACCACCUCGUAAGUGCGCCUCCCCACACACCACCUCGUAAGGGCAGGUGCGUUUGGGGGGAGGGAAGAGGCUUUGGCUCAAAUUUCGGCUGUCUAUCUGCAGAACAGCUGGUAAGUGCGGCUGUCCACAGAUUAGCUCAUGUGUGCGGCUGUGCUGGGCGGGAGGGAAAAGGGGUAUGGCUCUCCGCACAGCACCUGGUAAGUGCGGGUGUGCGUGGGGGGAGGGAACAGAUGUCUGGGUCGAAUACUCCUGGCACUCUGCGGACAAGCUGGCAUGUGGGGGUGUGUAAUGGGACGGGGGAGAGCGGGGGUGGAAGGCGUUGGAGGCUGAGUAAAAUUGCGUGUGGUUGGGUGGGGGUGAGGUGUGUGGGCAGGUGGGUGAGGGUUGGAUGGGUGUAA